AUGGCGCAACGCCCCAACAUUGUGUUCAUCAUGGCUGAUGACCAUGCUUCUAAGGCCAUCAGCUGUUAUGGUGCCGGCAUCAACUCGACCCCCAAUUUGGAUCGCAUAGCCAUCGAGGGCAUGAAAUUCAACCACUGCUACGUGACCAACUCCAUCUGCACCCCUUCUCGCGCGGCAAUGACAUAUUUUGACCUGGGUCUGGUCCAGCCGGAUGGAGGUUCCAGUGUUGGGGAGAAACUCAUCAACACCCCCGAGUGCACGGAGCGCAAGAUCCCCGUGCCCCAGGACCUGACCAAGUUCAAAUUGAUCGACAAGGAGGAUGGCACGGUCUUCACCUUCAAAUCACACGGAGAACUGGCCGAAUUCAAGUUCCAGCGGUACAUGCAACGGUACCUCCGAACGAUCCAGAGUAUCGAUGACAAUGUGGGCCGGCUCUUGGACUUCCUGGACUCGGAGGGACUGGCUGAGAACACCAUUGUCAUCUAUACAUCCGACCAGGGCUUCUUCCUUGGUGAGCAUGGUUGGUUCGACAAGCGAUUCAUGUACGAGGAGUCGUUCCAGAUGCCUUUCAUGAUCCGGUAUCCCAAAGAGAUCAAACCUGGCACCGUGUGCGACGACAUCAUCUGCAAUGUUGACUUCGCGCCUCUCUUCCUUGACUAUGCGGGUUUGAAACAGCCGAGCUAUAUGCAAGGGGUCUCAUUCCGCUGCCUCCUUCAGGGAAAGAAGCCCGACACCUGGCAGAAGGUUGCCUACCACCGGUACUGGAUGCACCGGGACAUCAUCCACGAAGCGUACGCCCACUACGGCGUCCGAGACCAGAGAUACAAGCUGAUCUACUGGUAUAACGAGGACUUUGGCAUCGAGGGGACACGGCAGGGUGGACAGGACAAGGAGUGGGAGUUGUUCGACUGCCAAGAGGAUCCGUUGGAGCUGUUCAACUGCUACCAUGAUCCACGGUACAAGCCGAUAGUAGAAAAAAUGACGAAGCUGCUGGAAGAGAAGAUGGCUGAGAUUGGCGACGUGCCUGUUCAUGAACGUAUUGUUUAG